AUGGCCGCCGCCUUCGAUGACGAAGAUCUCUCCGUCCCCCUCCCAUCCUUCGACCGCGACCGUGAUCGCCGCCGUGAUCGAGUUCCUGGCGCCCCUCCAACCUCCGCCGUGAAUUACUCCGCCAUGGCCAUGCCUGCUCCGCCCUCACGUCCGACCGGGAAGGGCCCCGACCCGUCCACUCAGUCCCCGGCCACCACGAGAGACAUGCAGCGACUCGAUCAGUACCAGAUCAUCAAGAUCCUCGGCGAGGGCUCGUUUGGUAAGGUCAAACUGGCCAUUCACCAGCCCAGUGGCCGCCAGGUGGCCUUGAAGAUCAUCUCCCGGCGCAAGCUGCUGUCCAGGGACAUGGUCGGUCGAGUCGAGCGCGAGAUCCAGUAUCUGCAAUUGCUACGACAUCCCCAUAUCAUCAAACUCUACACCGUCAUCGCGACGAAAUCCGAUAUUGUCAUGGUUUUAGAAUAUGCCGAACGUGAGCUUUUCGACUACCUGGUGAAAAGGGGACGAUGCAACGAUACCGAGGCUCGCAAGUUCUUCCAGCAAAUCAUCUGUGCCGUGGAGUACUGCCAUCGUCACAAGAUCGUCCACCGUGACCUGAAACCGGAGAAUCUCCUUAUCGAUAGCGAGAAGAAUGUCAAGAUCGCGGAUUUCGGUUUGAGUAACAUCAUGACCGAUGGAAAUUUCCUGAAAACCAGUUGCGGAAGCCCGAAUUACGCCGCCCCCGAGGUCAUCUCCGGCAAGCUGUACGCGGGCCCCGAAGUCGACGUUUGGAGCUGUGGUGUCAUUCUCUACGUGCUGUUAGUGGGACGACUGCCCUUCGACGAUGACUAUAUUCCGGCACUUUUCAAGAAAAUUGCCGCGGGAAACUUCCAUAUGCCUCCCUAUAUCUCACAGGGGGCCGCUCGGUUAAUUAAGAUGAUGCUCCAGGUGCACCCGGUCCAUAGAAUCACCAUUCCCGAGAUUCGCCAGGACCCCUGGUUCCUCCAGGAUCUCCCUAAAUACUUGCAACCGCCGCCGGAGGAGUUCAUCGCACCGGGUGUGGACCCCAAUAAGGUGAUCGACCCGCGCAAAUUGGCUCCGGGAAAGCCCCUCUCUGCGCAGCACAAGAUCAAUCAAGUGGCCAUAUCCAAGCUGGAACGGAGCAUGGGGUACGCUCGCGAUGACAUCGAGGAAGCAUUGAAGCAUCCGGAGCCAAGUGCUGUCAAGGAUGCCUUCUUCAUCAUCGUGGAGAACGAGAUGAUGCAAACCAAUUCGCCAACGGAUGACCAUAUGAUGGGCUCUGCCGUGUCGCCUGCUCCACUCCCUGAGAAGAUUACUCAACGCCCGGCAGCGGCAGCUGAUAGACCACCGGCUGCUCACCCGCAAGGAGCCCAACCGACCGCCCCUCCGACAAGAACCAGAAGCGGUUCUCAACGCCAGAACUUCCAGCUGUCGCAGCAAAAUGACCACGAAGACCCGGAGGAGUCCCGCCUGAGCCAUGUCAGAAUCUUGCCGACCAGUUUGCCCUACGUCCAUGAUCAGCUCAUGGAGCAACGGGAGCGGGAGCGGCAGGAGAGAGCCCAAGCGGUGGAUCGGCUGCUAGAAGAGCGGGCGCAAGCCAGGGCAAAGGACGGCGACGACCCCAACCAGGCCCACGACUGGAGCUCUCGAGAGGAACAGGAGGCAACGGCUCGAGCCCUGAAGCCCCACUCGCGUAGUAUCGUCGACCUCGAGAAGCUGCGGUUUGAACCCCCGGAGGGACGCAGUGCGCCUCAUCAACCCAGACGGACCCGGAAGUGGCAGUUUGGAAUCCGAUCGCGGAACCAGCCCUACGAGGCAAUGCUAUACCUUUACAGGGCCAUCGCAGCCCAAGGGGGCAUCUGGGACAUCGUUCCCGACGAAUCUGGUACCCAAAUCGGAGGUCAGGAACCGCCCGCCGACAAACCGAAGCCGCUGCAAAGCAAAUACCCCGAUUUGCCCUCCGACUACUACAUUCCCAAGGACCCCUGGUUUAUUCGGGCUCGUCUUCUGAAAGAGGGAGUGAGGGCGCCCGGCGCGACGGGAAGCGUGCACAGUAGUCGAAGCGACCUGGAAGAGUUCCGCCGUCGGUUCAACCUGAGCGGACCAUCCUCUCUGGACGAAAAGAAUUGGACACCCGUGGAACCCGGCAAUGUGUCCGGUCCAUCCUCAACCACGCAAUAUCAUGCGAUCCGGGGAAUUUCCUAUGGUGUUUGGGUGUUUGUGGAUAUCCAAUUAUACCAAUUGGAGGAAAAUAACUAUAUGGUCGACUUCAAGUGUGAUGGAUACCAAAACGUGAUCCGUGCUGAAGGAGGCGAAUGGCACCCGAUCAGCAAGCGAUUCCGCAACAAGGAAAAAGAAGUCACCAGUCCGUAUCCAUUCCUCGACGUGGCAUCUGAUCUAGUUGCACAGCUAGCGGUGGCGAGCUAG